AUGCAGCCACGACGAGAAUAUCAUAUCGUCGUGUUAGGUGCUGGUGGAGUCGGGAAGAGCUGUCUUACCGCCCAGUUUGUACAGAAUGUCUGGAUAGAGAGCUACGAUCCUACAAUCGAGGAUUCGUACCGCAAACAGAUCGAAGUAGACGGCAAACAAUGUAUCCUGGAGAUCCUUGAUACUGCAGGCACAGAGCAAUUCACUGCUAUGAGAGAGCUCUACAUGAAGCAAGGGCAGGGAUUCCUCCUUGUCUUCUCCAUAACUAGCAUGUCUUCCCUCAACGAGCUGUCAGAGCUCCGGGAGCAGAUUAUCCGCAUCAAGGACGAUGAUCAAGUGCCUCUUGUGAUAGUCGGAAACAAGUCAGACCUGGAGGAAGACCGCGCUGUAUCACGCGCCAAAGCAUUUGCUCUCUCCCAGAGCUGGGGCAAUGCUCCCUACUACGAGACAUCCGCUCGUCGCAGGGCCAACGUGAACGAAGUCUUUGUAGACCUCUGUCGACAGAUCAUCAGAAAAGAUCUACAAGCCACCCAAUUGAGACAGAAUGAAAACCCCUUGCGCAAGCGCGAAGGGCCCAACCGUCAUGAUCGCAAGCGAGAGAGAAAGCGAGACUCCAAACGUAAGGGGCCCUGUGUGAUUUUAUGA